AUGGAACAUAGUGCUAUCAUUAAGCUUUCCAAUGGCUGAGUUAUCAGUCUUCCAGGAAUUCUCUCCCAAAAUUCUUUUAUUCCCCUUUCACAUGGACAGAGAUUAGACAUGUUUAUUUAUGAAGCCAUCUCAGAAAUCUCCCCAAUUUGCCAGAUGAAAUUGAUGGACUCUAUUGGCAACGAAAUGCUAUCUCAAAAUUCCUAUGGUGCUUUUAUUAUUCCAUUAGGACUAGAAAAUUCAUGACAAUACACAACACAUGAGGGCCAAGACGAAAUCCUAUCUCAGGCUGAAGUUUCAAGGCUACUGCUUAUUUCUCUAUCAGAUUUAUUUAGCGAAGAGAAUAUCGGAGCACUUCAAUAUCAAUUCACCGAAGCAGCACUAAAAUUUGUCCCUCCGCUGUGAUUAAAUUCAGAGAUUCCAUUCAUGACCUCUGAGGAAACUGGAGAAAAGUCAUUAGUGUAUAGAAUACAUGAUAUGAUUGUUGAAGACAUUGGCGAUGGAGAUACUUAUAAGAGGCAACUUAUCUUUUUAUCAAACCCUAAGCUAAUCCAGUCUGAAAUUCGUCUCAAAUGUGUUGAGGAUUCUGACUCCCCCCUUUAAUUGAAACAAAAUAUAGGUAAAAUUUCCUACUUUUUUGGGAAAUUACCCCCCCUUUAAAUUGAAACAAAAUUUUAUUAUAAUAGAAAAUUUUAUAGGUAAAAAUCAUUAUUUUAUAUGUAAAUACGUUAAUACCCUAUUUAAUAUGCUUCAAACAUAUAAGAUUUAGAAAUUAAACUCUAUUUUGUCCAAUUGUUAUGGGGAGAGUUAGAAGAAUACCAUUUCAGCAAGUUUACACUUUGAGAUUGAGAAAUUUAUGAAUUAAUUUUUCAUGAAAUUAAAAUUAAAAAUCAAACACAGAAUGAACCAUAAAAUUUUAUCUCUGAAAAAAAUUUUCUUAACCCCCCUUUAAUUUGAAACAAAAUUUUUUUGUUUCAAUUUAAGGGGGGGGAGUGAGAAUUCUUUAUUCUCUGUAGGAUCAUGCGCAGUGAAAUGGGGAAAUAAAAUUGAGCCUGAUUAUGACUUUCUUACCUUUGAGUGCCAGAGGGCAUUUUUAGUAUCUUUAGCAUUUAAUUUAAGCUUAACUUAACUUAACUUAACUUAGUGUCUGGUAUUUAAGGUGUCUAGUGCCGCACCCCAUAAAAAUGGAGUUAUAGCGAAAAAUUGAUGACGUCGCCGGGCCAUCUUGGAAUCGCGAUGGUUAGCCCACUGGCCAAGCCUUCACCUGCACUUCGCCCAUCUUCGCCGCACGUCUCACCCGGCGCGUUGCCGUCGCCCUUGCCUCGACUCAGCUCCUGCGCGUGUUCCGCCUAAGGGUCAUCCUCCCGUGGGGAUGUGCUGAGAGGUAAAACUCCGAAAUCUUGAGCGCACUGAGGAGCUGUUCCUUUGGUUAUCCCCAAAGUUAAACAGCUAUUGCUGUGCAGAAGUUCUCGAGAGAAAAACCCAACCCCAUAAAUAAAAUUCCAUGAGGGAGAGAAAAUUAGCAAAGCUAAUUUCUCUCGAACCGAAUGCCAUUUUAUUUAUGCAUUUAAUUUAAGCAAGGCGCUUAAUGAAAUUAGCAGAAUUUUAAUUUUGGGAGCAGGAGGAUGUGUGCUCCCUACAUUUUUCCUCAAGCAUUUUCCUAAUUUUGAAAUAACAGCUGUAGAUCUGAAUGGAGAGCUUAUUGAUGUCUGUAAAAGGUUUUUUGGGGUCCCAAAUGACAAUAGGCUUCAGAUUAUUAUACAAGAUGCCUUAAAUUUUGUGGAGGCCAGCAAUAAUAUUUAUGACUUGAUUUUGCUUGACAUCUGCAUUGCAUUACCAGGUGAGCCCACACCUCCAAUGAUUUUUGUAGAUCAAAGCUUCUUACAGAAGCUUUAUUCUUUGAUAAGUGACUCAGGAGUGCUUUCUAUCAAUCUGAUUGGCAAUGAUGGACAAAUAAAAAAGAUCAUUGAGUGUGUAAGCUUAGUUUUUCCUUAUAUCUAUAGAAAUAAAUGCAAAGAAGAUAGCAACCAGGUGAUUUACUGCUUGAAACAUGAAGUUGAUGAGCUGAAAAACAUUGAAAAAAAUAUGAGCGAAAUAGAGAGGAGCAAAAACUGAGAUUUGACUAUGGCGCUUGCUGAGUACUCAACUUCAAUAAGAAAAAUUGAAGCUACUGAUAAGGUUGAAAAACUCCUUGGACCUAAGUCUACGAAGAAAAAGAAAAGGAAAAAAUAA